AUGGUUUCCUUGGCUUUGGCUUUUUCGCUGAUGUGUCUGGCGAGAAGCUUUGUGAAAGAACUUGUGAGAAAGGAGACGGUGGAGCGCGAAGAUGUCAUGACCUCAGGAACGCAACCAGCGUACACCGAGUACUACCAUGCAAGUACUGCUGUCCCGGCGGACUCCGAUCCCGGGAACAACACCUACGGCUACCCGUUGGCCACGAACCGCAUGCUGAACUACAGGAACAAGGUCCUCAGCCUCGACAAUAAGAACCCCAAGAAGAAGCAUGUGAUAAAGGAGAUUACCCCAGCGGAUGUUAUCAACGUCACGAGCUACCUCAAGAAGACGAACGCGUACUCCGAGUUCUACAAGAACAGAAGAAAAGGAAGAAGCCUUGAGCCCGUCGUGAGCUACGUCGUGCGCACGUGUUUCGAGAAGGAAGUUGCACAGGUCAGUUUGCAGCGUUCUUUUCAGGAAGCGAAAGUGAUCUACACCAAAGAAUCGAAGUUAUCCUGGACUCUGGACGCACAAGGAAAGGCAAUAAAGACGGAAGGCAGAAGGAUGCUGAACUUAACGUUCUUUGAUGACAACGGAAGCUUUUGUCGCAUUCAGGAAGCCUUCACCGUUGCCUCGGUGAUCAACCCGCUGAUGGCCAUAGGCAAGCUGUUUCGAGAAGGUUGGGAGUUGCGAGUUAACGAAGAAGAAGGUAUGUGUCUUACAGAUGGAAGCUCAAGAAUACCAGUGCAUCUCCACAAGAACAGCUUGGCAGCCUACGCCUACGUACAAACUCCUUCAAGAAGCAGAGGUUACAGCAGCAACAACUACAAGAUGGUUCGCACUGUUGUCCAACUCAACAAGCACGUUCAGGAAGCAGUGAACAAAGAAGAACCUGGUUGGCACAACACUGACAGCAUGGUGAUCGUGAAGUAUGCUACUCCAAGCAGCUAUGAGAACCCAUCUCUCAUGUAUAGUCCUACGCAUUUUCCGUACAGAAGCACUUUGGUGAAAGAAGAGAGAGGAUGGAGAGCAGUCGAAGUUUCAAGAAAGUACUCCGAGAAGGAAGACCCUUUUGAAGAGUUUGGUGAAGGAGAAAAGGAAGUGGUUACAGCCAUUUCAGCAAAGCCAAUUCCAAUUUGGAUCCUUGGCACUCCUUACGCAGCUGGAGAUCGAGCAGACCAAGAAAGCCAUGGUCGUGACUACUGGAAGAUGGAUCUUGAGAAAGGAGAAGUUGUUCGUCACCACGUAGUACCAAGAACUGUUUUGUUUGACCCUACAGGUGUUUCCAAUUGUCCUGUCCUCCUUGGAGACCUCGAGAACAGCAGAUAUACCCAAGGAGACUGUAUCUACAGUACAGAAAUCUACGAACACAGUGACGACUGGAGAGCAGACCGUCUACCUCUACGUGAACACUUUCGGUUGCCGUGGUUUGGUCAAACAAGGUUUCGAGUGAAGCCAGAAGUUGUUGAAGACCUGAAGGCAGAAGCUGCAGCAGAGGAUCUGAAGAAGAAGAAAGAAGAGCACUACCAAGAGAAGGAAGACUCAGCAGCACCACCAGCAGCAGAAGAGAGCAAAGAUGAGGAAAUGAGAGAAGCACAAGCAGACCAAGAAGCACCACAAGAAGUUGUUGAAGUUUUGGAGGAAAGCUUCUACCACGAAGGCGUCGAGUACACAGCACAAAGAAGCAGUCUCAAAGAACUACAAGCACUUUGCAGAGAGUACGGAGUCAAGACCACAGGAAGCAAGAAGCAGCUCUUGAAGAGACUCGCCACAGCAGUCAGAGAAGAAAGGCUCAGCACGCAACACAAGGAACAACGGGAACACCACCAAGCAUACCACCUAGCACCACCACAGGAACCAACGGAAGAGGAGAGAGCGUACCACAACUUGACGCACCUUCCGUAUCAGCCUUGGUGUCCCCAUUGCGAAGAACGCGAACAGCUCGAGAACGACGAGGCCGCUAGUGACCCUCCGAGUUCGGAGGUGAACCACUCACAGCUUCAGCAGGAGCACUUUCAGCACCAGCUGAACCAAGUCAACAGAGCAGAGGAAACAGACGGUUACCUCAACAUGCCUCAUGAUGAUGAAGUCUACGAAGCAGAUGAUGAGUUUGUGUACGAGUCGGAAGAAGAAGAAGAGGAGACAGAGAGUGAACCAACGGAAGUUUCUACCAAGGUCCCUGUCGAGUUCUUCGACGAGGAGAAAGGACCACCGAAUGUGGAUCCAGAUUUUCUUCAGAAGUUGGAUGAUGAAGCUACAGUCAAAGAAAUCAAGAGGUUAACAAAGAUGGGAGUUAUUUCGUUGGUUUCUACGGACCCUCAAGAAGCAACUGAGAACGUACCUCUGGUAGACUCAGAACAAGAACUUCACAAGUGGUUGACAACGAAGUUGGUGAAAGACUGGAGGUUCAGAGAAGCUACAGGUUUUGAAGUUGACGAAGCCACAGCAGGAACAACAAAGCCCAAGCAGAUUCAAAGAAUUACGAAGCUGGUACCCAUGUUGGCUCUCGCCAACAAUUGGGCGAUCUACAGUGUCGACGUGAAGGUGAACUACGACGUGGACUCCCUCGACGAGGCAAAGAAAGAAGUGACAGAGAAGACAGAGAAGUUGAAGAAGGUUGAGGAAAGCCUGGAGAAGGAAAAGGAGGAGUUCGGGAACCAGAAGACAGAGUUUGAGGAAACAGUGAAAAGGUUUUUGAAGAAGCAGAAGGAGGCCUUAAGCGAGAAGGAGACAGCCCUUGAAGAAGCUGAGGAGAACGUCAAAGCAAAGGAAGCAGAGGAAAGAACCGUCGACUACGACCAAGAGAGAGAAGAGUACGCCAAGAAGUACGUGGACGACGCAAAGAAGGACUUGGAGAGAGAGCUUAAAGUGCUAAAGCAAGAAGAGAAAGUAAGGAACCAAAAGCUCGACGACCUCCAGUACGACUACAAGAGCCUCAAGGACGACUACCAGUACUUCAAAGCUUACUCGAAGGAAGUGGACGCACUUCUACUUGCAGCUAAGGACAAGAUCGUGAAGUACAAGAAGAAGGUCAAAAGCCUCAAGGAAACCAUAGGUGCAGUCUUGUCAGGAAGUGAAGGUGAAGAAGAGACAGACGAAGCGUACAAGACCAAAGCAGAGGAAGAGAAAGAGAAGGCAGAGGCUAAGGCAAAAGAAGAAGAGAAGAAGAAAGGAAAGAAGCCAAAGCAGGUAGAGACAGAAGACCCAGAAGAGAAGCCCUCAAGCAACCAAGGAGACGAGAACACCUUCGACCCGAACGACAUAGCCGAGUUCACGCAGCUUGGCUACGUGUGGGAGUUUAACAAGAAGACGCAAGAGUACCGCGCGAAGUGCGAGGACAAGAAAGGAGCCACAAGAAUCAAGAACGCUCCGGUGAAAGGUCGCCUCCUUUGGAACAAGGUGACGGAGUGCUACAGAAGGCACAACGUGUGGUUUACAGACGGAAAGGAUUUGGAUAAAUUCCUCGAGACCAAGGAGAACGAGAAGAUCGAGGAAGAGGUGCAGCGACGCAUCCACGCGAAGGGCAAGCACGACAACCAAGGAACGAAGGGAAAAGGCCGUUCCUGGGACGACGGACAGAACGACAGUUGGUGGUACAACGAGCAGUGGAACAACGAGAACUGGAGCACCACCGACGACGGCAGCAACUGGUACGAGAACGCGAACCCGCACAACAAAGGCUACUGGCAGACGCCAGAAGAGUGGGCGCAGCAGAACCAGUGGGAGCAAUGGACACCCAAAGGAAAGAGCAAAGGCAAGAAGUCCAAGAACUGGGUACAGACCCAGUGA